AUGUGCUCGACGCGUUUCUUUGUCAAGCUACAUCUACAAUUCCUGCUAGUCCCACUGCUGUUCCUGCUGCCACCAUCCGCUGCUGCUCCAGUGUCACGAGAUGGCACUGCCUACACAAUCUAUUUUCAUAAUCAGCCUCCAAAUGCAGCGGGGCACUAUAAUUUCGAGUUCCAAACAUCGAAUGGCAUAACGACAAAGGGAGCGGGCAAUGAAUUUGGUGCUGUUGGUGUCGUCCAGUAUGUCUCACUGGAAGGUCUGCCCAUAACGCUGACCUAUACAGCGGAUGAGAAUGGAUAUCAGCCUCAGGGCGAGCACUUGCCCGCAGUGCCCGAUUAUGUGCAGCGGUCCUUGGAAUAUAUACGCACCCAUGAGCCCGUCAAUGAGCUCAAAUCGCGACGACUGUAA